AAAAAGGUAAGAAAAUAAGGGGUGGCGUGCUUUAACGGCAGAGAAAAGCUUCUUUUAAAAGAGGAGAGAGAAAAAAAGAGGAGAGAGAGAGAGGGAGAGGGAGAGAGAGAAGAGAAGAGGUCUGAGCCACCCUGUAAACACAGUGCUCUGCUCUCUCUCUCUACUCUACUACUACUAAUACUACCACACACUCACAAAGCCUGAGCCUUUUUUCUCUCACUAAAAACACUCUCUCUCACUUUCCCUCAUUUUUGUUUUGCUGAAAGAAUUCAGGGCUAGAAGGAGACAAGGGCAUCAGAGGGCUUGCUCAGAGUAGAGCGUAUAGAGAGAGAGAUGCAUUGAGAUUUGCGCCAAAAAAGAAAGGAUCUUCAGCGGAUCAGAGUGAUUUAAAGCAAAGGCGGCGACAAUUUAUGAGAGUUUAGAGCUCAUAGAGUAGAGUAGACUUAGAGAGAGAAACUCAACAAAAAAAAAUUAAAGAAUUUGGAUCGUUUCUCUCUUUCUCUCUCUAAGUCUCUGCUCUCAUGCUCUGCUUUUUUUACUUGUUUCUCUCUCUAAAACGCUGACGCCAAUUACUUUCUCGCUUUCACUCGUCAGGCUCAGAACUCAGACCCUCUUUUAAUAUUUGUUUCUGUAUUCCAAGCUUUGUAUUCUCUUCCUUUCUUUCUUUCUCUUUCUGACGCUAUUUUCCUUGUGUGUUAUUCUGGGAAACCAUUGCUCUCUCUCUCUCUCUGCUCCAUAGGAUUUUAGAUAUUCUCUUUCUUUCUCCUCUACCGGCGUCAUCAAUGCCAUCAUAGAGCCUUGAAAUCAAUCAAUGGGAAAAGCACGAAGAUCGAGACAGUGGUAUAAAGGUGGAGACUUGUCUCGCUCUGGUGGUGGUGGUGCUGUUUGUGGUUGUCACGGUCCUGUGGAAGCGUUCUUUUAGAUAGAAGAAGAAGAAAGAGGAAGAAGAACCGCCAUUUCUGAAGUGGGUUUUUGGUUUCUUCAACUGGGUUUGUCUCAAAAUCCGACAUUUCAGAGUGACAAAUUUGCUAUUUGUGCUACUUAGGAGGGGUAUUCAGUGGUGAACAAAAAUGAAGUUUAUGAAGUUGGGUUCCAAGCCUGAUGUGUUUCAAGCAGAAGGGAAAACUAUCAGGUAUGUGUCAUCUGAUUUGGCUACGGAUGUCAUCAUAAAUGUCGGUGAAGUGAAGUUUUACCUUCAUAAGUUCCCUCUCUUGUCCAAGAGCAAUCGCCUGCAGAAACUAGUGAUGAAGGCCAAUGAGGAGAGUGAUGAUGAAAUUCACAUGGUUGAUUUUCCUGGUGGGCCAAAAGCCUUUGAAAUUUGUGCGAAGUUCUGCUAUGGAAUGACUGUUACUCUCAAUGCAUACAAUGUCGUGGCUGCUCGUUGUGCAGCUGAGUACCUUGAGAUGACUGAGGACAUUGAUCGAGGAAACCUGAUAUUUAAAAUUGAGGUAUUUCUCAACUCAAGUAUCUUCCGUAGCUGGAAAGAUUCCAUUAUUGUUCUCCAAACGACCAAAUCUCUUCUACCAUGGUCUGAAGACCUGAAAAUUAUUGGAAGAUGCAUAGAUUCCAUUGCCUCUAAAACUUCUGUGAACCCUGUGAACAUCACCUGGUCCUACACAUAUAAUCGGAAAUUAGCAGAGCAAGAUAAAAUUGUCGAGGAUGGAGUGAAGUUCCCUGAGAAAUUCGAAUCUGUUCCAAAAGAUUGGUGGGUUGAAGAUAUAUGUGAGUUGGAGAUUGAUCUUUACAAGCGAGUUAUGAUUGCUGUAAAAUCAAAGGGAAGAAUGGAUGGUAGCGUAAUUGGGGAGGCACUAAAAACUUAUGCAGUUAGAUGGUUGCCGGAUUCUGUUGAUGCUUUGGUUUCUGAUGCUCAUGCCUGGAGGAACACAUCUUUGGUAGAAACGAUUGUUUGCUUACUGCCAUCUGACAGAGGUGUGGGUUGUUCAUGUAGUUUCUUGCUGAAACUAUUGAAAGUUGCAAUUUUAGUUGGAGCGGAUGAGUCAUCAAGGGAAGAUUUGGUGAAUAGGAUAAGUAUGAAGUUACAUGAGGCUUCUGUUACGGAUUUAUUGAUCCCAUCUCGGCCUCCUCAAAUUACUACAUAUGAUGUUGAGUUGGUGCAAUGCAUUGUAAAUCGAUUUUUGAUGCAUGAAAAGUCUAAUUGGGAUAUGGAUGUUGUUGGGAAGAAUGAGAAGGGGGUUGAUAGUUUUGUCUUGGGGCAUGGAUCCUUGUUGAGUGUUGCUAAACUGAUUGAUGGUUAUCUUGCGGAAAUUGCACGUGAUCGAAAUCUUACCCUGUCUAGUUUCAUUGACUUAUCACAUACAAUUCCUCAGUCAGCAAGAUUAACUCAUGAUGGAUUGUACAAGGCCAUAGACAUUUACCUGAAGGAGCAUCCUAAUUUAACAAAAGUUGAAAGGAAGAAGAUAUGUGGACUUAUGGAUGUCAAGAAACUGAGUAUGGAUGCGUCCAUGCAUGCUGCACAGAAUGAGCGCCUGCCACUUCGGGUUGUUGUCCAGGUUCUCUUUUUUGAGCAGGUUAGAGCAUCUGCUAAUGUUCGAUCCAUUAACAACAAUCCCCGUGAUGCUUCACGUUCCACGACAAAUACAGAUGAAGAAUGUGAGAAGACAGCAGCUGAAAGCUGCAGAACCCUUAAAAAGCAGAUGAGUCAAAUGAGGAUAAAAGAGGAGGAGUUCCGGAAGAACGGGAAAUUGGCUAAGAAGAACAGCAAAAAUGGCAGAAGUGGCAUUCAGUUACUGCCAUCACGGUCGCGUAGAAUAUUUGAUAAGCUGUGGGUUGUGGGUAAAGGGCAUGGAGAUAACAAGAGCUCUGAGUCAUCUGGGAGUUCUCAAAGCCCGACUUCAAUGGCUCCUGGAGACACCAAAUCUUCUGGCUCAUCAUCAAGACACAGGAGGCAUUCCAUCUCCUAAAGGAUUUUGGGAGCUCAUUUCAAACUAAAAAGUGAAGAAGAUUCAAACUGCUUGAAGUGUAAAAAGUGGUAGGUUUUGCCAUAGCUGAUAAUGGGUAUUAACUUAGCUGCAGUGCACAAUAUUCAGAGAAGGGGGUUUUCUGCAGAAAAAUGUAAUGAGCUUUUUGAUUGCUUGAUCUCUCUCUCACAUCUGUUGGUUUCAAAUGUAAGAUCGGCUAUCCUAUAAAGUCAAAGUAGGUUCUUUAUGCUUUCUUAAUACUUUAUGUUUCCUUGUACAGGAUCUUGAUCCCCUAAAUUAAAGGCCGUAAUGAUUCAAACUUUCCCCUUCA